AUGAUCCUCCCCGUGCGCUGCUACAUCUGCUGCAAGGUCAUGGGCAACAAGUGGAUACCCUACUUGGAACUGAUGAAGGCCGAGUACACCGAGGAGGACGCCCUGGACGCCCUGGGCCUGAAGCGCUAUUGCUGCCGCCGCAUGCUGCUGUACUAUGUGGACCUGAUCAAGAAGCUGUUCGACCAUGUGCUCAUGGAGAAUUGA